AUGCUUGGGCCUCCUGCGUGCCAGAGCACAGGCCCUAGCAAUGUCUCAUCCUCCAUCAACUGGCCCGCAUCAGCCUCGUAUACGCAUAAGAUCGCAGACCUUCCUUCAAAGCCUACUGUCUAUGGCCAACGGCCUCGACCCACUAGCCAGUUUCCGGCUCAUCUACCCAUUAAGAAUCUGUCGACCUCCAGUCGGUCGGAAGUGUUCGUGAGGGAUGGCGACAAUAGCCUGUCUGGCCGGACUGGUGCCAUCAUUGCUAAACCAAUGAAAAAACCCUUUACUACCGUCACACAUAGUCAGCAGCCUAGUCUUUCAGGCAUACGGCACCGCACUGAGGAGUCAAAGCAUCAACACCUAGGCCAAGUAAAGGGAAUUGCGACCAGGCAGCGAUGUGCAGUACCGAGAGCCGCUGGUCGCAAGACUUGUCGAUGCAUGAGAAAUUCAUCAUUAUCAGCUCAUACUGAACGUUCUUCGGUAGGCUUAACUAAUAAUUAUGCUUAG